UCUGGUGUUUUUCUUGCUUCAUUAUAUGGGUCUAACAAAUGGGUCUCUCAAUGUUUUAUUUGACGAAAGGACCUGCAAAAUAAGGGAAGAUGGUCAGGGGUCUACCGGGGAUGCCCCGGUGGAGACCUUCUGACGUUCAAGUUAGAUUUUAUGAACUAGAGUAGUGUGGAUCAGAAAAAAAAUUGCAGAGAGAAAGAUAAAGAAGGAUGAAGUCCAGGAAGGAGAGACUAGAAGAGAGAGAUCUCCCGCCCCCUUUUCUCUGCUCGUGAUGUAUAUCUGCCUCUCUGCUACAAUGCUAGCUGUCUCUGUCACUCAGCUCCGUACGUACGGAUAUGUCAGGGCUCCUUCCCAUGCCAGUCGGCCAUUUAAUUCUCUCCAGUGCGCAUGCAGGUGGGGCUGCGAGGUAAUUGGGCCCACUAUUCUUUCUCACAUCACUUCACUGGGCUGGACUUCUUCUCAUUGGGCUCGGGCUCAUGGUGGACCUGGUCUAUCCUGCACGUCUGAGUCAAGGCUUGAGACGCUAGGUUGGUUUUGCUUAAGGAGGGCUUGAUGGGCUUUGGGCCGUUAUUCUCCUCUUGGACUCGGUCUUGCCCAGGGGACAGGAAGCCUGGCGGUCAUCAAUUGCCCCUUUACCUUCUCAUCAGUUAUUGCAUGAGUGAUGAGAGGGUAAAUAUCGAGAACCAUUAUGACCGCGCUGCCCAAGGUCGAUUUUUCCCAAAACGUCUUUUCGUCUCAUUACUCAUUACUAUUUCAAGUUUCAAAUUCCUUCUGUCUUUUCCAAGCUCUUGCUCUCCUUUGCCCUCUGCGUGCUUUGCUAGCUUCGUCCCUCUGCUCUCCUUGUUUACAAGAUGCGUAUUUCACUCUUCCUCGGAGAGCCCAAAAAUCCCUGACGUUUACAAUUUCAUUAGACUUUCAAAUCUUGUUCAUUGCCCUUAAAUCUCUCAAUUGGCAAUUAAGUUACUCCUUCCAUUCAAGGACAAAUCAGAACUUGUGACGAGCUCUCAACAAAAACUUCCCAACCUGUCAAAGUGGCUUUAUCAAGAAAACAAACAAUUUUAGUCAACAUUUCUGAAAAUGGUAACCUUUAACAGCACAGCUUCAUUGGCAAUCAGUUCAAGGAUGCAAACAUCUCCCACUUUUAGAAAAUUCUCUGUUGCAAAUGAAUGCCAUCCCUCUGAAAUCAUACUUUUAGCAGGAUAUUUGAAUAAUUAUGCGGUCCACCGCUUGUUCUCAACCUGUAACAUUGCAUUGUCGCUGCAUUGCGUUGUACUUUUCGCGACGAUAUUUAGCGGCACCUACUGCGCCUCGGUGAUGCCUCUGCUUUCUUUCCCAGACAAUGACAUCCUGAAUGCAGAGGACAUCACCCAUCAGUCCUUGGCGAGCGGGGUCGCUGAAAUAGUCCGGGAGCAGAUGUUUGGUGGUGUUGCGGAGGCCUCGGAUCUUUGCCUGCUGGCUCUCACCGGCCUACUGGUCAGCUCUGCUCGAAAGCGGGUGGCCUUCCAAACUCGGCCCGGAGGGCAACUAGGGGAUACCGCUAGGGAGAUGCUCUUGAUGGCGAUGGGUGUUUUCUUGGAGAUUGAUGCCUGGGAUCGUGCUCUUGGGGACUCAGUGGACCGCCGUAUUGGGGAGGCGCAUCUCGAGGAGAACCUGUCGGCGACUAGCGAUGCCUGGAGCAAUCUUGCGGUUCCUCAAGAACACUCCUGGUCCCUCCAGAUAGAGCUAUUUACUUCGAGGGAGGAUGAUCAGCCUUUGCCCAAAGGGGUGCUUCGCAUUGCAGCUGGGCCUUCUGAGGAGGGUGCCGAGCUGGGAGAGGAGGAUGACGGGGCUGUCGAGGCUGCUGGACCUCAAGGGGGAGAGGAAGCAGGGCCCCCAGAGGGGAAAUUGCUCCCUUUCUGAAUAGUAGUAUAGAUGCACCCAGGCAUGUAAGUCCCUGGAGGACAGUUUUUCCUCCAACAGAUGU